CUACAACGUUGGGUUUCCUUCUUUUGAAAACUACUCCCGUGUUCACAGAUAUAAAGGAUGCCCCCGCACCGCAGUCAUAUGCACCUUGUCCCCCCUGUCGAGCCCCCCAAAACUCUACACCCGAUUCGUGUUGCCUCCCUUCUGCAGUCAUGCAUAACCUCCCUAUCGAGCUCGUUAAGGAAAUCGUAGACAAUGUCUCCGAUACUCCUGACCUCUUCCAUCUUCGUGCCGUCAACUCUACAUGUCGGGAUCUUGUCGACCCCAGUCUCUUCCACAGAAUAUGCAUAGGGAACAGCGUCAAGAGCGCCCAAAACAUCCUGCAGAUUUUCGCAACGCCUUCCCUCGCACCGUUCAUCCAUGAGGUCGUAUACGACCCCCGCGAGAAUCACCCAUUCCUCUUGCUCCGUUCUAGUGACGCUGAGGUUUGCUGUGAUGAAAUCGAGAUCGCGGAGCUCGAGGAAGCCUUAACAGAAACCUUUACUUCACUCUCAAAUUUACCCAACCUCAAAUCCGUUACGCUCAAUUUUUGGCCAUCGUUUAUCUCUCAGUCCGGGGCUGAGACGCGCGAUCAUCCCUACUGGUUCACAACCAGCUAUGACUUCGUACGCUCGCUGACGGAUUCUCCCCUGACACAUCUCUCCAUUUCCGUCGUCUCUAACUCUGAACUUUUUGCGUGGUCGGGAUCCAAAACGCUCAAUGGCUCUGUGGAGGCCUUCCUUCCCGUUCCCAAUGAUCGCCUGACCUCACUCGAGAUCAAGAGCCCGCGGGGACUGUAUCACAGUCCCUCCACCCAUUUCAGCGCGCACACGUAUCCUUCCCUCAGAUGUAUGGUGUUGGAGAACAUCGUUUUAGACGACGCCACAUCAACAGACGGGGUUGAGGAAUUUAUUCUGCGGCAUAAAAAUUCGCUUAAGAAGUUGGAGAUGAAGUCUUGUAUGAACUACAUCCAGAGCAUCGCAACCCCCGUCAGAAAAUGGGCGACCAUCUGGGAGCGAUUGAGAGAGGAGUUGACAGAGUUGGAAGAGGUCGUGGUUGAUGAUGGCGGCUGCGGGUAUGCCGUACUCAACACAUCAGAGGGGUACAUUCCUCAUUCAGACGUAGCGGCCUCGACACCCAGUUUACUGGAAGAUGACGAGCAGAGUCUGAAAGACUUCUGCGAACGUGUCAAUGCGAGGGCGGCAGGCUCUUCGUGAUGCUAGGGUGAUGUUACAUUUACUUAGAUGACUGUGAUAGCAUGGAUUUUCUUCGGGUUUUGUUGUUAUCAUUAGCAUCCGUGUAUUGUAGUUCGUUAGCUCCGUGCUACAAUGUGUAUCUAUAUUUCUUCGACUACCCAGAGCAACAUUCUGAAUUUUCUGUGCG